AUGUUAGGUAUGGGAAAUUCAAAAUCAUGGUCAGAAAUUUUAGAAAAUUUCACAGGAGAAAAUAAAUUAGAAUCACAAGCUAUAUUAGAUUUUUUUCAACCAUUAUAUAAUUGGUUAAAAAUGGAAAAUUUAUCAAGAGAAUCAUCAACAUUAAAUAUUGAUUCAAAUAAAAACGACCUGAACGAACAUGAUACACAUUUAAAUGAUUUAAUUGAAAAAAGUAAUGAAAAAAUGCAUAAAACAUUAAAAAAAAUAUUAACACGGUGUAUAGGUGUUACUGAUGGUAUAUGUGUUAUUGAUGUUAUGGGUGUUACAUGUGUUACAACUGAUGCAAUUGGUCAUGGUCAUAGUGAACAUAUUUAA